GGAAUGCUCUGGGAGGCCCUUUCAAUCCUGGUCUCUGCAGUUCUUAGCCAUAGACUUUAGAUUUCCUUUCUUCUAUCUGGGUUUCAGCCCUGGUCCCCUUACAACUUACUGUAUGUUCACAGAUCCUGGCCUGCUCACCUCCUGUGUUUUUCUGCCCCCACCCCCUUCCUUCAUGGUUUGUUUUAAGAUGUGGUCUCACUGUGUACCCCUGACUGGCCUGGGACUCCCUGUGUAGCCCAGGCUGGCCUCAAACUCAUAACAAUCCUACCUCUGCCUCCAAAGUGCUGGGAUGCCAGACAUGCCCUGCCAGUUUUUGAUAGGACACAUGAGAGAUCUCCUAUCCUUGAGCAGAGGGCUUCAAGGCAGCAAGAAAGGACUGGUCAUUUGUCAGAACGAAGUCCCAGGUCUCAGAGUGCCGAGCCUCAUUUGGUCAACAGACUUACCUUUUGGGAGAUGUCCUGAUAACACCUGUGUACCCUGCACAGGGUCACUGAUGGGCCUAGGUGACAUUAUCUCACAGCAACUGGUGGAGAGGCGGGGUCUCCAGGAACACCAGACAGGCCGGACCCUGACCAUGGUGUGCAUGGGCUGUGGCUUUGUGGGCCCUGUAGUCGGAGGCUGGUAUAGGGUUUUGGACCGCCUUAUCCCCGGCACCACCAAGGUGGACGUACUGAAGAAGAUGUUGUUAGAUCAGGGGGCCUUUGCCCCGUGUUUUCUAGGCUGUUUCCUCCCCCUGGUAGGGGUACUCAACGGAAUGUCAGCCCAGGACAAUUGGGCCAAACUAAAGCGGGACUACCCUGACGCUCUCAUCACCAACUACUACCUCUGGCCUGCUGUGCAGUUAGCCAACUUCUACCUGGUCCCCCUGCAUUACAGGUUGGCCGUUGUCCAGUGUGUGGCUAUUGUCUGGAACUCCUACCUAUCCUGGAAGGCACAUCAGCUCUAAGCCUGCCUGGUUUCAUGGCUUGCAUCUUGCACUGAUGCACCUUCACCCUGGAAUGCUUGGACAGUAUCCUCAAAGAGAGAUCAGGACUGGAGAGGUGGCUCACCUGUUCAGAAGCACGGACUGCUCUGCAGAGGAGCCACACUGGGUGGCUCACAACCACCUGUGACCCAAGCCCCAGGAGAUCUGAUGUCUUCUUCUGGCCUCUGAAGCAUCUGCACUCACACGCACAUACACACCAAUUACUUACUCACAACUAAGCAUAAAAUAAAGUCUUUCUUAAAAAAAAAAGUCUAUCUCUUUCCAUGGUAUGGAGUUGCUGAUCAGGAUAGAAUUACCACUCUGAAAUGGCACAUUUCACUCUAAAAAUGUAACUGCUUUUGAAAUCACUAAGACCUUUAAAACAUUGUCUCUCUCACCAUGCAGAGGGCCUAGUCCAGUCCCAUGUAGGCUCCACAGCCAUUGACCCAACUUUAAUGAGUUCCCUCUAGAUUGGUUUGGUCGUCCCUGCACGUUUCCCCAUCAUGAUCCUCAUGCACUUGCUCAUAGAAGCCCUCUUCUCUGUCUUUGAGGGAGGCCCCCUGGUGGUAGGAUCAGAAUCCAUCCCUGGUGUGUGAGCAGGCUUUGUGGGCUAUGAUGGGACACCUCUUGCAGCCUCGAGGCAAGGGGAAGGGCUUGGACUUGCCUCUACUGAAUGUGCCUC